AUGAACGAAAAAUUAAGUUUAAGGCCUUAUACUGAAGAAAUUACCCGAAUGUUGAUAAUACAAAAACAAAUAUUACAGUUAAUAGACAAAAUAUCAAAAGUAACGAACGUUAUUAUUGAUACAAAAUUUAAUGAUCAAUUUUUAUACGAAAUAAAUAAUUACUCUUCAGAUUCAAUUGAAAACACUUUGAAGAGCUUUUUGGAACAAAUUACAUUGUUUGAAACUACAAAAAAAGAAUUAGAAGAAAGUCGAAAUAAUUUAAUUCGUGAACGUAUAAUCUCUUUUGUUUCUAUGGAACAAUAUUCACAAUAUAAAAAGCAGCAUAUACAAUUAAACUCAACAUCUAGCUCAAAUAUAGCGAAUGAAAUAAAAAGCAAUAUCUUGUCUACAAUUUCUGGCAUAAUUAUGCAAACAAAAUCACUUAAAUUUUGCAAUACUUUGCUUCGAAUAACUAGAGGAAAUAUAUAUAUAACAUUUGAAUCAAUCCCACAAAGUCUAUGUGAAGGAAACGACAGUAUUCAAAAUUCUUUAGUUUUUAUUAUAUAUAUUUUAGGAAAUCAAGAUUCUACAAUAUCGAAUAAAGUUUUACAAGUAUGUAGAACUUUUGAAGUUAAAACUUCAAUGUGGCCUAAUUCAUAUGAUGAUGCUUUGAUAGCUUUUGAUUCAUAUUCUAAUGCAAUAAACGAAAAAACCAUUACAUUAGAAGCAUUUGAAACUGUUUUCAAUAAUGAAUUAUUAUCAAUAACGCAACUCAAUGAAGGAUCUAAUUUAACUUUAAUUCAAGAAUGGCUAAUUUACAUUCAAAAUCAGCUUACUAUUUAUGAAACUUUAAAUUUAUUUGAGCACACAGAAACUACUGUAAGGGCGAAUUGUUGGUACCCUAGCAAUUUACACACGACAAUAGCUAAUGAUAUUGCAAAUUUAGCUAACAAUAAUUCAAUGAAUUGUUUAUUUUUAUGUAAUGGAAAAUAUAAUAAAGUCAAACCAAGUUUAUUUUACGAAAACCAGUUUACAGAAUGUUUUCAGUCAAUCAUAAACACAUACGGUAUUCCCAGAUAUAAAGAAAUUAAUCCAUUAAUUUUUACUAUAGUAACUUUCCCAUUUUUGUUUGGAAUAAUGUAUGGCGAUGUAGGGCAUGGACUAGUGUUUUUACAAUUAGUAUUACUAUUAUUUUAUUUCCAAAAAGCUCUCAAAAAUCAAAACAAUGAAAUAAUUCAAUUGAUUAUUUUUGGACGUUAUUUAUUAUUACUUAUGGCACUUUGUUCAAUUUAUGUUGGAUCGAUCUAUUACGAUUUUUUUGGUAUACCACUUAAUAAUAUAAAUUUAAAAAGUAUUACUAAUACUGAUGAUUACAAGGUUCCAUAUGGUAUUAACCCAAUUUGGAAAAUAUCUGAAAACGAAUUAGAAUUUCUCAAUUCUUAUAAAAUGAAAUUAUCUAUGAUUAUUGCAUUUGUACAUAUGCUAAUUGGAAUUAUUAAUAAUGGAAUUAAUUUGUUAUAUUUCAGACAAAAAAUUCAAAUGUUAUUAAUUUUUUUACCUAAGCUAAUCUUGUUCGUUUCGAUAGUUGGAUAUUUUGUUUUUCUAAUAAUUUUUAAGUGGUUGACACCUUAUCAUCAUGAAAAACGUCCCGGAUUGAUUAAUUUAAUAAUAAAUACAUUUAUGGGACGUGCAUCUUAUGAAGAUGGAAUUUAUUAUAUUGCAGAACCACAAAUAGAAAAUAUUUUAUUUAAACUGGUACUUUCUGUAACCAUAAUAUUAUUCACUGCUUACCCACUAUAUAUAAUUAUACGUAAUAUAAAAACAAAAACACAUCAGAAUAUUGAUUUGCCAACUCUCGAAGAUGAAGAUGAAAAAGAGUCCACGGGAGAUGCAAUUAUUCAUCAUUUAAUUGAUUCAAUAGAAUUUGUUUUAGGUUCUAUCAGCAAUACGGCUUCAUAUUUACGAUUAUGGGCGUUAAGUUUAGCACAUCAACAACUAUCUAUUGUGUUUUUGAAACAAAUACUGUUGGGUUCGCUUAAAGCUCCCACAUCACGUAGUUCAAUUUUAAAAUAUAUCACAAGUGCUGUAGGUGCGCUCAUAGCCACGACAUUAUUUGCAGUAAUCACUGUAUUAAUCAUGAUAUGUAUGGAUAUACUAGAGUGUUAUCUGCAUACAUUAAGAUUACAUUGGGUUGAAUUCCAAAACAAAUUUUUCUACGGAGAUGGUAAACUAUUCAUUCCUUUUUCAAUAAGCGUUGCUGUAUUAACAGAUGAGUAA